AUGUCGCAAAUUUUAUGGCUGGCAUCUUUAAAAUUCUUAUUGACUUCUAUUUAUAAAUUGUCGGGAGCCAUUAAGGUCAUUUGGCAAGACACUCGGGACAUCAUGACAUGUCCUAAAAGUAUCACAUUAUCCGACACAAUGAGAUCAUUUGACCAGAAGUUUCACAUCAUUCUGUCUGCUUUUGUAUUAUAA